CAGCCGCCGCCGGCAGCGGCGGCAGAUCUUAAGGCCGCUGAACAGCUCAUUCUUCAGUGGGAUCCGACAGCUUCGCCGUGUAGUGACCGCAUGGUGUUUGAUGGCGAAGAUCGCGCUGAGGCGGAGCGAUACCUCCAGGCAGUGGAUGUGAUCCGCCGCGCCUUAAAGAACUCUCCGGCCGGAGCUAGCGGUAGCCCUAGGAAGUCCGGGACAGCCGCCAGUACUAUCCAGAUCGCCAUGGUACGGCUCGAGGACGAGUUCCGCCACAUACUUGUCUCCCGUGCAAACGCUUAUGAGAUCGAUUCGAUCAUCGAUCUGAACUCCCUCUCCCUCCCACGAUCCAGUUCAGGUGACCUGAUGCCAGAUCUACCGGAGCCUGAACCCGAGGAUGAGGGAUUGAAUCUCCGGCGGAGUGUGGGGAGCAGCAACAAUCUCGAGGGGAGCAACACACCGAGCUACCGUUCCACCAGCAGCAUCCGUGAGAUCGAUCUCCUACCUGAUGAUGCCGCUCAGGACCUCCGCAGCAUCGCCGAUCGGAUGAUUGCAGCUGGAUACGGCCGUGAGUGUUUUCAGGUUUACGGAAGCGUCCGCAAGUCCGCGUUGGAGCUCUGUUUCCGCCAUCUGGGGAUUGAGAGGCUCAGCAUCGGGGACGUUCAGCGGCUGGACUGGGUCGCUCUGGAAUCUAAGAUCCGUCGGUGGAUUCGCGCUGCUAGGGUUUGUAUUCGUAUUAUUUUCGCCAGUGAACAACGCCUCUGCGACCUCAUCUUCGCCGGCUCUACGGGUGACGAGGCCCCCUUUGUUGAAACGGUGAAGGGAGCGGCGGUACAACUGCUGAGCUUCGCAGAGGCAAUCAGCAUCGGCCGUCGUUCUCCUGAAAAGCUCUUCAAAAUCCUCGACCUUCAUGAUGCCCUCUCGGAUUUACUUCCCGACGUUGCCGUCGUUUUCCAUUCCAGGGCCUUGGAAUCACUCAACACCCAGGUAUCUGAUAUCAUCACCAGGCUUGCUGAUGCCGUUCGAGGAAUCUUAUCCGAAUUUGAGAGUGCCGUUCUUAGAGAGCCCUCAAAAAUUCCUGUUCCUGGAGGUACUAUUCACCCGCUUACGAGGUAUGUGAUGAAUUACAUCAGUCUCAUUUCGGAUUACAAGCAGACACUGCUUCAGCUGAUCGUAUCAAAGCCUCCGGCAGUCCAACGGUUGCCUGGCGAUGAAGCCGGCGAAGCUUUACCAGAAGUUGACCUGCCGGAGCCGGCAAAACUCUCCCCGCUUGCAUCCCAUUUAAUCUGGAUAAUCGUCAUCCUCCAAUUCAAUAUGGAGAGUAAGGCACAGCUCUACAAGGACGCUGCCCUCUCCCACCUUUUCUUAAUGAAUAAUUUUCACUACAUUGUCCAGAAAGUGAAGGGCUCCCCUGAGUUGCACGAAAUGAUUGGGGAUGAUUUCCUAAAGAAACUCACAGCUAAGUUCCGGCAACUGGCCACUAGCUAUGUAAGAGCAACUUGGGUAAAGAUCCUCUAUUUCUUGAGAGAUGAGGGGUUACAUGUUGGUGGAAGCUUCUCAUCUUCUGUGUCAAAAUCAACGCUGAGAGAGAGAUUCAAAGGAUUCAAUGCUGCUUUUGACGAAGUUCACCGAACACAGUCCGCAUGGUUCGUUCCUGAGUCCCAACUGAGGGAGGAGCUAAGGAUUUCAAUAUCUGAGAAAUUGCUUCCAGCUUACAGAUUCUUUUUGGGCCGGUUCAGGCAACAUAUAGAGAGUGGGAGACACCCUGAGAUGUAUAUAAAGUACUCAGCCGAGGAUCUCGAGUUGGCCUUAUCUGAUUUUUUCGAGGGUUGCCCUCCACCUCUGCAAGGCAGGAGAAAGUCCCAUUGAAGCUGAUCUCAGAAGGGGUUAAAGUGCAGUGAGUUCUGUAGAAAUUAUUCUUUAAUCUUUAUGGAAGUCUUCAGACACUUGGGGUCUAAGGAUUAGAGGACAGCGGAACUUCUUGGAAUUGAUUGAAGGCUUGGUCAAGAAUAUUCUUUUGCGAGAAUGUGAGAUGACUGGAACUUUUUUAAAGUUGCUAAAUCACAUUUGCCCCUGUAAAAUUUCAACUGACGAUGAGUUCCAGACAUUCAUGGAAGCCCGAGAAAGUGAUGUGUCGUUGAGGACUACCGUCCUUGCUACUCACGUCACGCCAGACACAUAGCUUCGGGAGGCAGUUUUACAGGUGCCCGCGAUGGGGACAAGGACC